CAAGUGGGGAUUUACAGGGAGAACGCUGCACACAUUGGGCUGAGCGCGGUCAGGCGAGCAUCGUUCAUAUUGGGGACAGUCCCCAAAUCCUGACAACUCCACCUCCAGGGGAAUCUGCCGCUGGAAGUCACCGUCUUGGAUCCGGAAUACUGUGCUUGAGCAACAGUGAGGGGACCCCACAAGUUCCGGAGCCUCCGGCUGGGCACAGGGCUGGUCUGGUCCUGCACACCCCUACCGUAGAUCGGCAGAUUGACCUUUACUGAAGCAAUCGGAGACACUGGCUCGGGGAACCAGCCUUGGAGAAGGUCCCCGGCUGCAUUCUCGGGUGGACCCCGGACUGAAGGAAGCUGAAGCGGUCACUAUGCGGCACUGUGGAGGCUCGGUAGCUCGGAGCAGCAGUGGACAGGGACGGCUCACCCCUUGGUGCGGGACCCAGCAGCAACAGCAGCAGCAGCAGCUGGCACUGCACGGCCCACAACUGCUGGCCAGCCUGCAGCUACAGAAACUCACCAGCCAGUACGAGAGCCCAGCAGCAGCGGCGGCAGCUCCUGCUGCAGCCUCCGGGGACAGCCAGGCUCCAACGGCUGCUCCAAGCCCAGGGCAGGCGAGCCCCGCCACACCGGGCAUCAUUGACACGGACCUCAUCGAUGAGGACUCACUCAUGAGCCUGGUGCUGGAGCUGGGCUUGGACCGAGUGGACGAGCUGCCAGAACUCUGGCUGGGACACAACGAGUUUGACUUCAGCUCCGAGGUGACGCCGGUCAGUGGGAGCAGCUUGGUCAGAUGGACUAAUCUGAUACCCACCGAUUAAAACAGAUUGGAGCUGAGUGGGGCGUGAGAAUCCAGUGUUCAGUCACCUCCUGGAAUAAUAGUGUCUACUCAGAUAGUGGACUGGCUUUUUAUUUUGCAAAGUCUGAUGUCUCUAUCAUCAAGCUGGAGUCAAGGCUUCCACAUUGAACUGGACACACUGCAGCCUACAGGACACUACUGAGAUUCACUUCAUUGAAUUUUCUCAUCAACCUGUUCAGAGAUGUGAUUCCGGUCCAGAGGUAGGGACAGUACCACCGCACCACAGGACAGUCUCCAUGACGUUUAUAAUUACACACUUGGAACUUAAUUUGAAGCACAAACCUUGUUUGAUGUGCCUUAAAAAAGUUAACACUGUUGUUUUCAACUGAAAACAGUUCAUCUGGGUCAUAGACAUGCUGUUAACAUCACACCAGGAAUCUCCCACUUUUCCUGAUCUUGACAGCAAUUUGGGAUUCUAAACUCUCCAGUAGGACACUCUUGUGUGAAAACAAAAGGGAAAUGCCAGAUGACUCCUUCGACAAGUUGUAGGAGUGGAUAUAUUUCAUUUGCCAGCCUGGGAGACGCAAUGUAACCAGUCCCUGCUCCCUAAAAUCAAAUGGCACAUAUUUUUAUUUAACUUGAACUCCAAAUCAGACAUAAACUUGAUGUGGUUCCAUCAAGUUCAGGAAAGAAGGUUAGUAACACAGGGACAAAAAGACUGCUGCCUGUUUCAGGUUCCACUCAACCAGGUCCCUCACGUUGUCAAUGAGGCACCAACAGCCCAACUACAUGUCAGUUCUUGUGUUUCACUCAUUGAAGCUUGUUAUAGACCUACAGUGACACUGAGGAUUACAUUGCUUAUCAGUCAUAGAUACAGAGAGAUGUACAGCACUGAAACAUGGUCCAACUUGUCCAGAAAUCCUAACCUAAAGUAGUCCCAUUUACCAGCACUAGGCCCAUAUCCCUCUAAACUCGUCCUAUUCAUAUACCCAUCCAGGUGGCUUUUAAAUGCUGCAAUUGUACUAGCCUCCACCACUUCCUCUGGUAGUUCAUUCCAUAUACGCAUCAUCCUCUGUGUGAAAAGUUUGCCCUUUAGGUCCCUUUUAAAAUUUUCUCAUCUCGCUCUAAACCUAUGCCCUCUAGUUCUGGACACCCCCACCCCCGGGAAAAGACCAUAUCUAUUUAUUCUAUCUGAGCCCCUCAUGAUUUUAUAAACCUCUAUAAGGUCACGCCACGCCCUCUGAAGCUGCAGGGAAAACAGCCCUAGCCUGUUCAACCUCUCCCUAUAGUUCAAAUCCUCCAACCCUGGCAACAUCCUUGUAAAUCUUUUCUGAACCCUUUCAAGUUUCACAACAUCUUUCCAAAAGGAAGGAGACCAGAAUUGCACACCAUAUUCCAAAAGUGGCCCAGCCAAUAUCCUGUACAGCCACACUUGACCUCUCAGCUCCUAUACUCAAUGGUUUGACCAUUAAAGGAAACUAUACCAAAUGCCUUCUUCACUAUCCUUUCUACAUUCGACUCUACUUUCAAGGAACUAUGAACCUGCACUCCAAGGUGUCUUUGUUCAGCAACACUCCCACAACCUUGCCAUUAAGUGUAUAAGUCUUGCUCUGAUUUGAUUUUCCAAAAUGCAGCACCUCACAUAUAUCUAAAUUAAACUCAAU